UACAAUUUACAAAGAAAGAAGAAGCUGACUUUCCAAAUUCAUCUCUCUUGACUCUCUGUGUAGUGUGAGUGAUCAUGGCGUCUCUGAGCUGCUCAGCCUCAGACCUCGUGCCACACCUGUCCGGAGUCGGCAACGCCACGGCCGUGGCCGACUUCAUCUGCGGCCAGUUCGGAGCCGUCGCCUCCAAGCUCUCCGACACUACCUACGCCGUCGACCACACCUAUCUCUUGUUCUCAGCCUACCUGGUGUUCGCCAUGCAGCUCGGCUUCGCCAUGCUCUGCGCGGGCUCCGUCCGAGCCAAGAACACCAUGAACAUCAUGCUCACCAACGUCCUCGACGCGGCCGCCGGCGGUCUCUCCUACUACCUCUUCGGCUUCGCCUUCGCCUUCGGCUCCUCCUCCAACGGCUUUAUCGGCCACCAUUCCUUCGCCCUCAAAGACGUCCCCUCCGCCACCUCCGACUACAGCUUAUUCCUCUUCCAAUGGGCCUUCGCCAUCGCCGCCGCCGGCAUCACCAGCGGCUCUAUCGCCGAGCGAACCCAGUUCGUCGCCUACCUCAUCUACUCCUCCUUCUUGACGGGCUUCGUCUACCCCAUUGUCUCCCACUGGUUCUGGUCAAGCGACGGGUGGGCCAGCCCGAUCCGCUCCAACGGCGACCUCCUCUUCAACUCCGGUGUCAUCGACUUCGCCGGUUCAGGCGUGGUCCACAUGGUCGGAGGCAUCGCCGGCCUCUGGGGCGCCUUGAUUGAAGGCCCAAGAAUCGGCCGGUUUGCCAAGACCGGACGGUCCGUGGACUUGCGCGGCCACAGCGCAUCGCUCGUAGUGCUCGGCACGUUCCUCCUCUGGUUCGGGUGGUACGGGUUCAACCCGGGUUCAUUUCUCACCAUCCUGAAAUCCUACGGUACGGGCGAGGCUUAUUACGGACAAUGGAGCGCCGUGGGGAGGACAGCUGUCACGACAACAUUGGCCGGGUCCACAGCUGCUCUGACUACCCUAUUUGGGAAGCGACUAUUGGCGGGCCACUGGAACGUCACCGACGUGUGCAACGGCCUGUUGGGGGGCUUCGCUGCGAUCACCUCCGGGUGCUCGGUGGUGGAGCCGUGGGCGGCGAUCAUCUGCGGCUUCGUGGCGGCGUGGGUUCUGAUAGGCUGCAACAAGCUCGCCGAGAGGUUCGAGUACGACGACCCGCUCGAGGCGGCGCAGCUCCACGGCGGCUGCGGCGCGUGGGGUCUGCUCUUCACCGGAUUGUUCGCGAGGCAGCGUUACGUGUCGGAGGUGUACCAGCCGGGCCGGCCGUACGGGCUGUUUAUGGGCGGCGGAGGGCGGCUGCUGGCGGCGCAGGUCAUCCAGAUUCUGGUGAUCGCCGGGUGGGUGUCGGCGACGAUGGGGCUACUGUUCUACGGGUUACAGAAGCUGAACCUGUUGAGGAUUUCGAGCGAGGAUGAGAUGGCCGGGAUGGAUCUGACGAGGCACGGCGGCUUUGCCUACGCGUACCACGACGAAGAUGAUCGGUCGAACCUUCCGCCGGGGCUUCAAAUGAAGAAGAUCGAGCCCACCGACUCGAGCUUCACGCCUGAGCAUCUGGCGACCGUAUGAAAAACACCGUUUAUUUUCUGGGGAAAACACUGUUUAGAAAGAAAAGGACAAGAAAAAGCUUUUCUCUCUCUCUCUCUCUCUCUCUCUCUCUAUAUAUAUAUAUGUAUUGCAGCAGUGUGAGAUUUAAAGAGAGUUACAUUUAGUGACUGCAGGAUCUUUGUUUGCCAGAUGGUUUGAGGAUGUUUAUAAGAUUGCUGUGAUGUCAUUUAUCGUUAAUAAAGUAGAUUGUUUGUGGGAGAAAA